CUCGGCUCGUGUGGUUACGGUAACACGGAGAGGGCGGUCGGGGUUCCGCUUGCUCCGGCAGGGGCGACGUCACGCCAAGGCGCCCGCCGGCGGCUCUGACGUCAGAGGGCGCCGCUGCCAGGAGCUCUCGCCCCGCUUCCAAGAUGGCGGCGGGAGCCGGGAAGGUGAAGCAGGACAUGCCGCCGCCGGGCGGCUACGGCCCCAUCGACUACAAGAGGAACCUGCCCCGGAGGGGGCUCUCGGGUGAGGAGUCGGGCCUCCCCCGCCCCGCCCAGGGAGGCGCCCGGACGCCUGGGUCCCUCGGAGGUGGGGGGAGGGGGCUCGGGCAGCUGGGGCAGAAAGGGGCGGGGGGGAGCCAUCCCCAAAAUCAAGGAAAACCAGAGAAAUACCUAACUCCCUGCCCACCCCCAAGACAGGUCCUGGCUCCCCGAGUGGUGGGGUCCAUUCUCAGUUGGCCCCCCUCCCCAGCCUGGCCCCCUGCAUGGGGGGGACCCCUGAGGGUCGCCUGGGGGCCGGGAUUCCUCUGAAAGGGGCAUCUCGUGUCCUGGGAAUACAGUGGGACCUUGGUUCUCAAACACCUUUGCGUUAUAUCCUUUUUCAUAUAUCCCACUAAGGUAUUCGUUUCAUUCAUUUUUGGGCGACAAAACCACGGUAAUGGAAAUAGUAUAAUGAGAACGAUUGGAAGUUUUCAGCAGAAAUUUUUGUUUGAUGAACAUGAUUUUGUAUAAAUGUUUCCCUUUUCCCUUCAUCUUUUCUUUCUUUUCUUUUUCGUCUUUUUAACUUUUUUCUUACUCUUAUGUCAUGAUGUUUUUUCUUCUGUACUGAAUUUUUCUAUAUUUACCUUCAUUGUAAAUGAUCAUUUACAUCUGUAUUUUAAACCAAUAAAGAUUUACCGGGGGGGGGGGGGACUUGGAACCCAAACACUGCAAACCUGGAAGCAAGUGUUCCGGUUUGCAAACUUUUUUCGGAAGCCAAACAUGCUCCAUUUGGAGUGUUAUGCUUCCGAUUUGAGUGCCACACUUUUGUUUGGAGUGUUACGCUGAGGUCUGUUUGUUUUUGCUAUUUAUUUUGCAUUUAUGUUUUUGCAGCUCUCUCUUUUUGUUUUUGUGACUGUGUAGAACCCAGUUCAGCUACUGAUUGAUUGAUUGUAUGACUGGAGUACAUUAUUGCUUUCAUUUUAUGGAUCAAUGGUCUCGUUAGAUAGGAAAAUCCAUGUUAAAUUGCUGUUUUUGGGGUUGUUUUUAAAAGUCUGGAACGGAUUAAUCCAUUUUGCAUUACUUUCUAUGGGAAAGCGUGCCUUGGUUUUGGAAUGCUUUGGUUUUGGAACGGACUUCCGGAACGGAUUAAGUUUGAGAACCAAGGUACCACUGCAUAGAGGUCAAGUCUCGCUCUCUUUUUCUUCUCCAAAGGGUUGGGGGAGACAAAAUGUUCAGGGGCUCACAUGUGUCCUCUCUUUCUUUAUCAUCUAUCAUUUGUUUGCUCGUUCUGCAAACGAAGCCCAAACAGGGCAGCAUCUAAAGCCAACCAAAUAGCAAUGAAAAAUGCCCCUAAAAGUACAAGGAAAAACCUAUAAACAAACAUUUUGUUAAGGCAGCACAUGCCAGUUCAGUAAAUCAAUGAUAUGCAUAUGCAAUUCACAAAUGGAUAGGGAGUGCUCAGAAUCAGUUUUUGGGUACAAAGACAAUAAUCUUUACUCGGUCGAGCAUUAUAGUACUAGAACUGGCCAUUGGAACAGCUUCUCAGCUUAAUUUCGCCAUCCAAAAGGGAAUAGCUGUCAAAGCAGCCAGAACCUCAAUGUGGACUAGUAACCUUAAUUCAAGGGAUCUUCGUAUAGGCAAUUGCUGGAUGCUCUCACCCUUUUGUUUUGUGUUUCUCCUUCCCCAGGCUACAGCCUCUUUGCAAUUGGAUUGGGGACCCUCAUCGUCGGCUAUUACAGUAUAGUGAAGUGGAACCGAGAGAGGAGGUGAGUUUCUCUAGCCUUUCUGCUAAGUAGAUGCUGCGUGGGAGAUGAAAGAAGCUGAAACGACCCUUUUCUCUUGCAAAAUCUAAGCCUCCACAUCAGACUUGCCCACCUUCCAUUGGACUCCCAGCAGCCAGCGGUGAGAGAAUCGUAGGGUUGGAGGGGAACCCAAGGGUCAUCCAGUCCACCCCCUGCAAUGCAGGAGUCUUAUGCCCAGCAUGGGGCUCGAACCCAUGACCCUGAGAUUUAAGAGUCUCAUGCUGUACAAUGAGGGUUGGACAUUGAGCCACCGAUUCCCUGUAACCUCAGUUCUCACAGGGAAGGAACUGCCAGAAGGCCCUCGGAGCUGGACCUCUGUGUCCGGGCUGAGCAAUGGGGGUGGAGACGCUCCUUCAGGUAUACUGGGUCAAGGCCGUUUAGGACUUUAAAGGUCAGCACCAACACUUUGAAUUGGACUCUGAAACGGACUGGGAGCCAGUGAAGAUCUUUCAGGACUGGUAUUAUAUUAUUACUACUACUACUACUACUAUUACCAUCUUCUAUUAUUUAUACCACACCCACCUGGCUGGGUUUCCCCAGCCAUCCUGAGCGACUCCCAACAGAUUAAAAACAGAACAAAACAUCAGACAUUAAAAACUUCCCUAAACAGGGCUGUUUCCAAGUCACAGAGCGCAUGGCAGUAGUCCAAGGUGGAGAUAACCAGGGCAUGGACCACCCUAGCGAGACAGCCUUCUGUCCAUUCCCAACUUCCUUGCAGAUGCCUUCCUCUGUGUUUGACUCUGGUGCAUCUUCACGCACACUAAGCAGCUACAGACUUAUCAACUUUAGUGACCAAUGUCAUGGGGAUAUAACACUCCACUAAGACGUUAAAAGCAAGGUUUCUCAAACUUGGGUGUCCCGCUGUUUUCGGACUACAGUUCCCAUCAUCACUGCCAGGGUUGAUGGGAGUUGUAGUCCAAAAACAGCUGGAGACCCAAGGUUGAGAAAUCCUGGUUAAAGAGUACUGCUGGAAAAGAGAAACAAGGGGCAGGAUUCACCUGUUGUUGCAUGCGCAGAACGCAACAGGAUUCCUCCCUCCCCAUUGUCAAACCCAGAGGCUGGACCAAUCAGAUGGGCAGGGUGUUGUUAUUGUUGUGUUUCUCCCUUCGCCAGACGUCUGAACAUUGAGGAUCUGGAGACACGGAUUGCCAUCUAUCCUCUUCUAUUGGCGGAGAACGACCGGAGGUAUGUGUGGAUCCCAUGGGAUUCCUCUGAAGCAAGUGACCCGCCCCUCGUGGGUCCUUCCUUUCUCUAUGGACAUAGACCUCAGAAUUCGUGAAGUUGUGGUGGGUUUAGAAGCCCAGGGGCUUGUUGUGAUAGCCGCUGUGGCACCGCCCCUCCCUGAGGAGAGCCCCAAACGCAGGUAUUUGCCUUGAAUCCAGUAAGCACACCCAUAAACAAACCAGGGGGCAGUGUGUACUUAUUUCUUUUUUAAAAAAUCUGUAUAUUGCUACAUCAGUUACAAAAUAUAUAUCAAGGUGGUUUGCAUCAUUAAAACCAUUGAAGUGUUUUAAAUAUUGGAUUUUAAAUUGUUGUGAUUGGGACCUGAAGGUGCAGGGUGGGUAAGAAAAUGGAUUAUUGUUGUUGUUGUUGUUAUUAAUAAUCGUGUGUUGCUGUGUUAUUUGGGUCAGUAGGACUGUGAUCCUUUGCACAGCUUCCUGGGAGUAAGCUUCGUUCAGCUCACCAGCGUUCAUGUGCAAAUGCCCUCGUUCAGUUUCUAAAACACAGAAGAGGUAUAGCCGAAGAUGCAACCUUCAGCUCUUAAUGCAAGUGUGUGCUUAUUUAAACUGCCAGUGAUUAGCAGGGACCCUAUCAAAGAAAAAGAAAGAUGUGCCCAGCCUCUUGCUCCAUGCUUUUCGACAUUACCUGGCUGUCUCUAUCUGUGCUCAUCUAUAGCAAGCGAACUCGAAAGCCUCAUUAUUGCUCCAUUCGCUUGUUUGAGCUGGGAGAGUCUUAUCAAUGUUGCGCAUGACAGUACCCACGCUCCAUCAAAAGAGCGGGGGCCCAGGCUCUCCUCAGAAAUAAUUAUAGUCUGGGAGUCAAAGCACUGGCUCUGCCAGCUUUUUAGGUUUUUCCCCCAUAGAAUUGUAGGGUUGGAAGGGACCCGAGGGUCCUCUAGUCCAACCCUCUGCAAUGCAGAAAUCUCAGCUGAAGCAUCCAUGACAAAUGGUCACCCAACCUCUGCUUAGUGGCCAGUAGCCUGCAAAAUCCUUGAGUUAUUCCCAGGUCCUUCUCCAAGCAGGUGUUGCUGUGAUAAUUAGCAAUGGAUCAAAUAAAAAUGCAGAUAAGCCAGCCUCCAACCCGCAGAAAUAACCUGCUGACACCUGAGUAGAUCCAUUGAAAUCAACAGACUUGUGCAACUCGGCUGUUUUCAUUUUGUGCCUCGCUUUCUUGUCCGUCUCUCGUCUUCCCUCUUAAAGGACCCUGCGCCUCUUGCGGCAGAAUUUGGAUGAGGAAGCCAAGAUCAUGAAGGACGUCCCUGACUGGCAGGUGAGGACCAGCCUGGGGUUGCUUCUGGGGUGCAGUGUUAAAAAAAUGGGGUUGCUCAAGCACUUUCCCACCCCCGUGGCCUUAAAAGAGCCAAGUCCCUUGUACAGUGGACUCAGAGCGUCCUCUUUUGAAUUAGCGCUCACCUGUGGCGAGCUUAGGGACUUUCCCAAGCGACCAAAGAAGGAAGCUGCCAGACUGAGCUGCAGUGCCCCAUAAUAAGUGGUCAGGGGUGGUAUCACUUAUCAUAAGGAUAUUGGGCGUUUUUUUUGUUUUGUUUUGUUUUUUUGUUCUUUUAAGUUCCUUGUUGCCUGACCCAAGUGAGGCCGACAGAUUGUCAAUAGCUUCUCCUCUUCCUCCCUGCAGGUGGGCGAGUCCCGCUACCACACCACCCGCUGGACAAACCCCACACUAGACGAGCUCUACUUCCUGCACCCGCAGAGCAAGCAGGAAGAAAUGAAAUUCGGGUGCCAGUUCUACGUGUGAGCUGCCCCGGGAGGCGGGGAGAGAGGGCUGUGGGGUGGGCAGCCCGUUUCUCACGAUAUAUUUCUCAAUAAACAAAUCUGGAAGGGAACACA